AUGCUUCUUAACGAGUGUAACGUUUGUCCAUUCACCGAAGCAACAACAAUAGCAUCAGCGUGUAAUAAGGUGUUUGCACGAAACUAUCUGGAAGCCGAUACAAUCGCCGUUAUUCCCUGUGGUGGUUACCGAUUGGCUGAUAAUCAAUCGGUUAUCGCUUUACAAUGGUUGUUGUGGGAGGAGAACGUACGAGGAAUCACCAUACACCACGCCGGUACAGGUCGAGAACACCUAGUAGGAGGAGGACUCAAAGUUGACGGCUUUAAUGAGGAGCAGCGUCAGGUAUUCGAGUUUCACGGUUGUUACUUCCAUGGAUGCACCAGCUGUUUCAAAUUUCACCGAGACACAUCGAUUGGAGGAGGUAAAAUGGAUACCAUGCGAAAUCGUUACGAGGCCACCACCAUUAAAACGACUCGACUUCGCAACUUUGGAUUUGAAGUCAUCGAAAUGUGGGAAUGUAACUUCCGCACAUUAUUAAAACAGAGUUGUGAAGUGCGUGAUUUUGUCGAAAACCAUCCCGUGUUGGCAACAUCACCAUUGAAUCCUCGUGACGGUUUUUAUGGAGGCCGAACCGGAAACAAAUGUAACGAGGGUGGGCGCAUCAAAUACAUCGAUGUAUGCUCGUUGUACCCUUUUGUGUGCAAGUACGGCCGAUUUCCUCUAGGACACCCCACAAUUUAUGUAGGGUCUGCAGCCUGGGAUAUUGAUUUAUCCACCGUAGAUGGCAUGGUGAAAUGUAAAAUUUUACCACCCGCGCAGUUGUACCACCCCGUUCUCCCUGUCAGGAUGAAGGGAAAGUUAAUGUUCGCCCUUUGCAACAGCUGUGGUGAAAGUUCACAGCAGCAAGUCCUUAAAGCAUUGGAAAAAGGCUACAGGAUUGUGGAAGUGUUUGAAGUGUGGACAUACGAAACGCGUCAAUACAACCAUGCGGCGGGUCAGCCGGGUUUAUUCACAGAAAUGAUUAAUAAAUUCAUCAAAAUUAAACAGGAAGCCUCCGGCUGGCCCGCGGAUUGCGUAAACGAUGUGGUGAAACAACAACAAUAUCUGGUGGAUUUUGAAGAAGCUGAAAAAGUGAAACUAACACCGGAACGCAUCGAAAAUAACCCUGGUCUUCGAUCCCUCGCCAAAUUAAUGUUGAAUUCGUUCUGGGGAAAGUUUGGACAACGUGAAAACCAACCCCAAACAACCAUCGUCAACGAUCCUCAGGAAUGCUUUGAUCUCCUUGCGCAUCCGUCGAAGAAUGUCAACAGUAUAACUCCUGUGAAUGAACAAACUGUUGUAAUCAACUGGGAGUACGCCGACGAGGCUGUGGAAUCUCUGCCGACUAUGAAUGUGGUAAUUGCAGCUUUUGUUACAGCACAGGCCCGUUUGAAGUUGUACGAAUAUCUAGAGAUGUUGGAUACACGUGUUUUAUACUACGAUACCGAUUCCGUUAUCUAUGUGUCAAACAACCAUUUUCCAGAUCCCCCGACUGGAAAAUUCAUUGGGGAUAUGACCGAUGAGCUGGAGGUAUACGGUAUCGGUUCCUACAUCACGGAAUUUGUUUCGGGCGGGCCGAAAAAUUACGCAUACUCGGUGUGGUCAACAACGAAGUAG